AUGACGAAUUCCCAGGAUCCUCCGGCUGAAGCGAACGCGUCUGGCGAAAAUGCCCCGCCAAUGCAACCCUCCCGACUCCCACCCCCCACCCCAGGAGUGGUCGGAUUGCCCGCGAGCCCGGAGGCGCCUUCUUCGCGGCCGGGGACAGAGGACCGGCCGAACAGAUCGUCGGAGAGGCAGAGAAUGAAGCCAGAGGGUUCUGGCUAUGCGAGCUCCUACCGGCUUUCCGAAACACGCCCCACUCCGCGUCCAAUGUCUCCUCCUCCAGCAUACACGGAGCUUCCGGGGCAGAUAUCGGACGAUAGUAACGAAUUGGGCGCAAAUGCCAUCGUGGCAGAUGACGGCCGUGUUAAUAUCCGCAUCAACCAGAAAACAAGGAGGCUUUCGCAGCUUCUAGUCCCGCAGAUCCAACGUCAGCUUUCCCAGGUCGAACGAGAACCCGCACCGCCUCCUGCGUACGUCCCCGAGUUUCUUGGUGGGGCGCCGGGACAGGACCCCCCGCCAUCAUUGAAUGUCGUUAUACAUGUGGUUGGCUCAAGAGGAGAUGUGCAGCCGUUUGUGGCACUGGGCAGGGUACUGAAGGAGACGUAUAAACAUCGCGUACGAUUGGCCACUCAUCCCACUUUCAAAGACUUUGUGAAUGAGAAUGGACUGGAGUUCUUUAGCAUUGGUGGCGACCCCGCUGAGCUCAUGGCCUUCAUGGUUAAGAACCCCGGGUUGAUGCCAGGCUUCGAUACCCUACGGAGUGGUGACGUGGGCAAGAGGAGACGGGGCAUUGCAGAGAUUCUCCGUGGAACAUGGAGGUCGUGUAUCGAGACUGGCGAUGGUCUUGGUAUCGAUCCGCUAAAGCAGAGCAUAGAAGAGUGGAUGGAAAUCGAGAACGAUGUUCCCGAGGUCCUCAAGAAGCCUUUCGUUGCGGAUGCUAUUGUUGCGAAUCCUCCGAGCUUCGGCCAUAUUCAUUGUGCGGAGAAACUUGGCAUUCCGCUGCACAUGAUGUUUACGAUGCCAUGGUCACCCACUCAACAGUUUCCUCAUCCUCUGGCGAAUAUCCAGUCUUCUAACGCGGAUGCGAGCAUUACAAAUUUCAUGUCAUACACAAUGGUAGACAUGUUGACAUGGCAAGGGUUAGGAGACGUCAUCAACCAGUUCCGCAAACACAGUCUUGGCUUGGACCCCAUCAGCAUGAUUUGGGCACCUGGCCUGCUGGCAAGGAUGAAGAUUCCAUACACGUAUUGUUGGUCUCCGGCAUUGAUCCCCAAGCCCAAAGAUUGGGGUCACCACAUCUCUAUCUCAGGCUUCUACUUCCUUUCUCUGGCACAAAAUUACACUCCAGCCCCUGACCUUGCCGAAUUUCUUGCAGCUGGAGAACCACCCGUUUAUAUUGGCUUUGGUUCAAUUGUUGUGGAUGAUCCAAACGCUAUGACUAAGAUGAUAUUCGAAGCGGUUAAGAAAACCGGAAAGCGAGCACUUGUAUCGAAAGGCUGGGGUGGCCUUGGAGCCGACGAUCUUGGAAUGCCUGAAGGUGUUUUCAUGCUUGGAAACGUGCCUCACGACUGGCUAUUCAAACAUGUCUCUUGCGUAGUGCACCACGGUGGCGCUGGUACCACUGCCGCAGGUAUUGCAGCAGGCCGGCCUACCGUGGUUGUCCCAUUCUUUGGAGAUCAACCUUUCUGGGGGGCGAUGACGGCAAAAGCUGGAGCUGGUCCUCACCCGAUUCCAUACAAGGAUUUGACAGCGGACAAGUUGGCUAAGGCUAUCGAAGAAGCUCUCAAACCGGGGUCUCUCGAGAGGGCGCAGGAGUUGUCGCAGUUAAUCAGCCAGGAGCGAGGUGAUCAGAAUGGCGCUCAGUCUUUCCACCAGAUGCUGAAGUAUGAUGACUUACGGUGUAUGGUCGCCCCGAGUCGUCCGGCUGUUUGGAGGGUGAAGCGUACACAGGUCAAGCUCAGCGCAAUGGCUGCUACGGUUCUGGCUCAAGAAGGAGAGCUCGACUUCAAUGAGCUAAAAUUAUACCGACCCCGCGAGUACGAGACCGACGAUGGACCUUGGGAUCCCAUCACAGGUGCAACAACGGCUCUUAUUGGUACUGCAACGACAAUGAUGAUGGGUGUGGCUGAUUUUCCUAUUGAAACUAUGAAGCUACUUGGCAUUCAUCCCGAUACGAAAGAAGCCAAGAAAGGAAAACAAGCCGCGAAAGGAUCUGAAGCCAGCUCUUCUAUAGCAGAUGCCCCUCGUACAGGUCGCCCGAUGGGCUCAAGAUCUACCACUAACACGCGCACAUCAGCUUCAAGCAGUGCUUCGACGCUUCCCGGUGUGAGUACCUUAGUAACAACCACCACCGAAAUCACGCCCGUAAGUCCGGAUGAUAGUUCUCCCCGACACAGCUCCAGCUCCGAAAUCACACGCGUAUCAAGUCCGACGACAAGAGGCACAUUCAUGGCUCAAGCCAUGCGCGCUUCAACACAAGUCUCGCGCUCGCGUUCCAGAGAUACUUCACCAUGUCCUAUUGAUCGAUUUCGCCACGGACGCACACACUCUCACGUCGGUUCUGAACCUGGAAUUCGCUCCGAAGCUGGCACUGGCAGCUUCUCGGAGCGCAUCUCAAGUUUCAAUCCUGAAGCUGUCGCCAAUACAGGCAAAGGGCUUCAGAGAAUCGUAGGCGCCGGCUUUAAGUCCCCAAUGGAGUUUUCUUUGAAUGUUGCUAAGGGGUUUCAUAAUGUGCCAAAGCUUUAUGGGGAAGAGGUUAGACAGGUAGAUAGAGUGACUGAUUUCCAGAGCGGAAUGAAGACUGCUGCAAAGGAAUUCGGACUUGGCCUCUACGAAGGGAUAACAGGGAUCGUAACGGACCCGUACAAAGGCGCGAAGAAAGAAGGUGCUAUUGGCUUCGUCAAAGGUGUCGGAAAAGGGCUCGCAGGCGUCCCUCUCCGAGUUAUGGGGGGUGCGUUCGCUGUCCCCGGUUACGCUAUGAAGGGAUUAUAUCAAGAGGCCCUCAAACAAAAAGGCGUAAAUGUACAGAAUUAUAUCAUCGCAGCAAGGAUAUCCCAAGGCUACGACGAAGCGACUGCAGUCUCAACGGCGGAACGCGCAGAUGUCUUGGCCAGAUGGAAGUGCAUAAGACUGAACGUCAAAAAGAAGAAAAACCCCGGGGAGGACCAGAUCGAGGCUUUACACAUAUUGAUGAAAGACCGGCGCAGGAAACGUCAAGAGCGGUGGGCGAAGAUAAAAAACAACGCGCAUCUUAAACGGUCAGAAGCUCGUCCUUCGCUCCCGUCCGCUAUGAGCGAUGCAAGCUCUUACUCGGAUCUUCCGAUCCCGGUAGAGCCUAAUGCGGCACCGCAUACUAUGCCAGUAUCGAGGAGCUUGACGUUGAGAGAUGAUACUUCUUCGUUGGGUACAUACCAAUAUCCGAGCGGAGUGCCUUUGCAACAUGCAAGUACCUUCCCGCAACCAAACCCAUCCCAACUCUCUCUCCAACAAGUCCAGGCCGCCCAAGAAGAGGCAGAGCGCAGGGAACUCGAAGCCGCAAUCGCAGCAUCUGUCUCGCAAACUUCCCAGGGCAACUUAGAUGAAGAUGAAAUGAUUGCACGCGCUAUCCGCGCGUCGAUGUCCGAGCUCCAGCGCAGCAGGGAGCUGGAAGGAGAAGACGAGGAAGAGGCGCUGCAGCGCGCCCUGGCGGCGAGUAUCUCGGAAGCUGGCAAGAGCGGUGCAAGUGUUGAAGAACAACAAGCGCUAGAGGAAACGCUGCGGAAGAGCUUAUUGGAGACUAGAAGGGUGAGGGAGAAGGGCGUUGUGCAUGGCAGUGAGAGUGGGUGGGAUUCCGAUGAAGAUACGGAAGAUGAUGAGGAAUACCAACGUAUCAUCGCCGAGAGUAAGGAACUCGCUCAUCUGCACCAGCAUCAUCAUCAACAGUUCCUGGACAAUUACCCUAGUUCUACCGAAACGCAGAUGUAUGUCCAAGCCAGAGGCCAUGACUCCGGUGUUUUAAACUCAGCGGUUGCGUCUGAGCAUGUUGAUGACGACGAGGCAUUGAAUACGGUGCUUAAGGAGAGCGAGGAGGCGGUGCAAGCGCAGAAGCAGGGUAGUCACGAUGACGAAGAAGCGCUGAAGAAAGUCCUCGAGGAAAGCGAGAAAGCGGAAAAAGAAAGGAUGUUGGAGUUUGAGAGACAAAAGAACGAGGAGGAUAUUGUGUUGGAGUAUAUUAAGAAGCAGAGUCUGGCAGAGGAAGAGCUGAGGAGAAGGAUGUUGCAAGGAAGGGCGGAGGAGGCGAUGGUUGGGGAAAGCGAGGGAGAGGGUGUGGGGGCGGGAGCGGAAGUGGGAGCUGUUGGAGGCAGUGGUGCGGGUUCUGGACCUGGUUGUGAUACUGGUGGCGGCGUUUAG